CCCCCAGGGAUGGUGCUGGCUACUCUGCUGAUCGCCCUCAGCUGCCUUGGCUUCCACAUCCUCCAGGCUCAGGCUGUUCCCAUCCUGCCCCUGGGGCUGGCUCCAGAUACUUUUGACGAUGCCUAUGAGGGCUGUUCAGAGGAGAUGGAGGAGAAGGCAGCCUCCCUGCUAAAGGAGGAGAUGACCCACCAUGCCCUGCUGCGGGAAUCCUGGGAGGCAGCCCAGGAAGCCUGGGAGUACAGGCGACGAGGGCUCACUCUGCCCUCUGGCUUCAAAGCCCAGCAUGGAAUAGCCAUUAUGGUCUAUACCAACUCAUCUAACACCUUGUACAGGGAGCUGAACCACGCCGUGAGGAUGGGUGGUAGCUCUCGGGAGCACUACAUGAGGCAUUUCCCCUUCAAGGCCCUACAUUUCUACCUGACCCGGGCCCUGCAGCUCUUGCGGGGCAGCGAAGGCUGCAGCAGGAGACCUGGGGAGAUAGUGUUUCGAGGUGUGGGCAGCCUUCACUUUGAACCCAAAAGACUGGGGGACUCUGUCCGCUUGGGCCAGUUUGCUUCCAGCACCCUGGAUGAGGCGAUAGCCCGCAGAUUUGGUAAUGCCACCCUCUUCUCUCUAAGGACUUGCUUUGGGGUCCCUAUCCAGGCCCUGUCUGUCUUUCCUGAGGAGCGUGAAGUGCUGAUUCCCCCCCAUGAAGUCUUCUUGGUAACCAGGUUCUUCCAGGAUAAAGCUCAGAGCCUAGUGACUCUCUGGAGUUAUAAUCAGACCUGCAGCCACUUUAACUGCGCCUACUUGGGUGGGGAGAAGAGGCGGGGCUGUGUGUAUGCACCAGGAGUCCUGGGAACUAGUGACCUUCUUAUGAAGAAAGGGGGCUUCAAACAGCCCUAAGAAGCAAGAACAUGGUUUUGGACCCAGCCCUAGCAGCCAUCUCCCCAACCAAGAUAUGGGAAGACUUGAGGCCACGGCAGGGUUAAGGGAGCCCCCCUAUGCAGUGGGGACUUCCUGGGAUAAGCAAGGGAAGUACUGUGAUGGUUACUCGAUUAAACAGUGUUGCAUUGUGGAGAUACGGAAUUUUAU